CAUCUGUACACACCGAUUGGAUACAGGCUUGCACGAUCUAAUAAUGCCAGUUUCUCGAUAUGUUCAUGCAACAUUUAAAUGGAUCUCCGUCUGUGUGAUCGAUGGACGCAUAAAAAAAAAGUCAUAGACCUAACUACAGUCAGCCAGCGUUCCUAUGGUGGAGGUAAAGAGCCGUCGAUAAAAUUGGCUAAGGUCAAUAUAUAAAUGUAGACUGCGAUAACUCCAAUGACAAUGGGUAACCAGUUUUCCAUGAAGAGGCUGAUACGAGGUUAACUUCAUUCACUGGAAGCUACAGAUUUGGGGAACAUGAAGUUGUCUUCUGUCAGGAUGGGUGUCCUCAAAAUCAUGCUGCUCAUCUUUGAGGCCAUUUUGUUUUCCGACUGUGCAAGAGGUCCUCCGCGGGUGUCUGAGAGGGUGGCCCAUAGGCAGUCGGUUCGCCUGGGGACUUCCAUCAAGCUGCCGUGCCCUGUGGAGGGAGACCCUCCGCCCCUUAUCAUGUGGACCAAAGAUAGCCGCAACAUCCACAGUGGGUGGAUCCGCUUCCGUAUCCUUCGCCUGGGCCUUAAGAUCAAGGAGGUGGAGGCAGAGGAUGCCGGAACCUACGUCUGCAAAGCCACCAACGGCUUUGGCAGCGUCAGCGUCAACUACACCCUCAUAGUCAUCGACGACUCUGGUGCUGAUAAGACAAGACCAGGUGUUCCUGGUGGGGUGGACUCAGAAUAUGGCCUUGACAGCUUACCAGGAAAACUAGUGCGGCCCCGUUUCACCCAGCCUGCUAAGAUGAGGAAGCGGGUAAUCGCUAGGCCUGUGGGUAGCUCUGUGCGGUUGAAGUGUAUGGCCAGCGGUAGCCCUCGGCCGGACAUUGUGUGGCUGAAGGAUGACAGGCUGCUGACGGAGCGUGAGGUGGGCGAGGGGCGCCAGAAGAAGUGGACCCUGAGCCUGAAGAACCUAAGCCCUGAGAACAGCGGGAGGUAUACAUGCAGGGUCUCCAACCGGGCUGGGGAGAUCAACGCCACCUACAAGCUGGAGGUCAUACAGCGGACCAACUCCAAGCCUGUCCUGACGGGCACUCACCCAGUCAACACCACGGUGGACUACGGUGGGACCACCUCGUUCCAGUGCAAAGUAAGGAGUGAUGUCAAACCGGUCAUCCAGUGGCUCAAGCGUGUGGAGUCCAGCGAGGAGAGUCGAUACAACUCCACCAUCGAGGUGGGCGACCAUCGCUUUGUGGUGCUGCCCACGGGCGAGGUGUGGUCACGCCCUGACGGCUCCUACCUCAACAAGCUGCUCAUCACCCGUGCCAAGGAGGAUGACGCUGGCAUGUACAUCUGUCUUGGUGCCAACACCAUGGGCUACAGCUUCCGCAGUGCCUUCCUCACUGUCCUGCCAGACACCAAGCCACCCAUCACCCCAAUGUUCACCCCAACCUCCAGCACCCUCCCCUGGCCUGUCAUCAUCGGCAUCCCCGCUGGCAUGGUGUUCAUCUUUGGUACCGUGCUGCUGUGGUUCUGCCAGAGUAAGAAGCGCUGUCCCCCUCCCAGCGCUACGACAGUGACUGCCCAGGUCCUACAGACCUCCCAGCGACUGCCUUACCGGGAUAGGGACAGGAGCUGUGUUGCUCCCUCUUCCACAUCCUCCACACCUGAGAAGGACUGCCUGGGCUCCAUAAACUAUGAGUAUUUAGCCCAGCAGCAACUACUCCUGACUCAAGGGGGCUCUGCUCUCCCCCCCAAAAUCUACCCCAAAAUCUACACCGACAUCCACACACAUACCCACUCCCAUGUGGAUGGGAAGGUACACCAGCACCAGCAUAUUCACUUUCAGUGUUAGCCCUGUGCCACAUGUUGUAUCCCUUCCUUUGCCUCCUAAGGACUGCUUAGCACAGCACAUCAAGGUUCUGGGCUACGGACCGUCCCUCAGAACUGCUCUCUGGUUACACACACCUGGGGCUGCCCCUUACCUGUGCUGGAUUACAAUCUAACUGGACUUUGCAGAGGCUUUACACAGAACCGUCAGUACUGUACAACAUCGAGCUAAUGUGACCAGGUUUACGGUUUUGUGCCUGACUGGCUGCCGUAGUGAUAUCACAACUAACCAAUGGAAGUGGGUUAGUUACAGUGCCGGCCCGGUCCGUGGUGCUACUCGUUUCAUCGCAACGCGUGAUGUGCACCAGUUACUACUUAAAGGCCCAGUGCAGUCUAAAUUGCGCCAUAUCGUACAAAUGCCGACAGAAAUAACAAUGGAAUAGUGUGAUGACAUUUUAUCAGUGUUAUUUCACAAUUGUUGAAAAUACUAAUGAGCAGGUUUUGCAUGGGUUAGGGUUUGGCCAAUAUAGAGCAAAUACAGAGUUCCAAACCUCUGCCAUAAUAGCUACUUUCUAGAUUACAUCUCUUCUCCUUUUGCAUUAAAGCCAUUUUGACAAUUUCAUAAGGAAACUAUUUUUUGGAGACUAUUUACCCAGAAAUUACAUCUUGAGAAAAAAAGGGCUGCAUUGGGUUUUUAAACAAUACUCAGCAUGAUUUUGAAGGCAGUUUGGAAUAUUACACAAAAGGGCUGGUUUUGCGCUUAUACUCAGGUUAUUCAUUUGAUUUUUAUAAAGGUUUCAUUAUUGUUAAAAUGCACAUUCAUUUAACCCUGACCACUAUUGAUAAGUAUCCAUUAAUAAUCGUAUCACCCAUGAAGGCCUUAUAAGGCUAAAAUAGAUUGAUAGUAUUUUAAUAGGCAUGUAAAUCAUGGCCAUUUUUAAGACUGAAAAUUAUAGAGGAACACUCUUAUGAACAGUCUUAUGACUGGAAUCAGUCUUAUGACUGGACUCACUGCAUAUCACUGCCAGAAUACAAAUGCUACUAAGGUUACCACCACUAGCCUUUUGAUUGUAUGUUUUAUAGAAUCACUGCAUGAGGUGAGGUCAGAAAUACCCAAUGUUGCAGUGAAUACACAGAACACCGUAAUUAGUACUUGGACUACAGUCUAAUCCAACCAUAUUUUAUAUAGAUGUAGUCAUUUUAUAUACAUAUUAAAGACAUGUAUUUAAUUUAUUUUGUUACAGAAAUGUAUUGUUUAUUUUUCAACAUCAGGCAUUUUACAUAUUUUCAAAUAUGUAUGAUUAAUUGUAAGGAUUACUGUAGUUGCAAUGCAGUGUACAUGAUAUAUGAAGGACAUUGCCAACCAAGUUAAUCUUAGUUUAUGCAAGUACUUAUGUUUGACAAUCUUGUACAAUGUACCCCUUUAAAGUGAAAAGUCAUUUGCCAGCAAUGAUUAAAGGACAAGCACAUUGA